UAGUGAAUCGAAGUCGUGGAAAGUAUGGAAAAUACGAAAUACGCUUAUCAAAUCUUUUUAAUCCCGCGCUGCGGCCAUUACUACUUCGAUGAAUCGAGACGCAACUCGCCGCGUGCUGCUUCACUCCGAUGUAUGUAACCAACUUCGCACGCAUCGUGUCUUCCUUGUCUAGUAAUAACAAGUAAUAAAUAUGGCCUAGGCGAGACGGUCUAGGAUUACGGAGACGCGCGAAGAAAAUCGAGAAAUAUGUGCGGUCGAAUUUGUUGUACAUUGGAUCCGGACACUUUGUGCUGCGCUUGCGAGUAUGAAGACGCCACCGGUAAACGACGGAAAAUGAAAUGGGCUGAAAGUGAACUGGAAUACAUUCCGUCAUUCAAUAUAGCUCCACGAGACGUUCUGCCCUGUGUGACAUCUGGUUCUCAUUUUAAGGAAGAAGGGGAGGAAAGAGUUAUGUGCGCCAUGAUAUGGGGAAUGAUCCCACCUUGGCAUCAAGGUGACUGUAAGAAACGUUCGGAUAAGUUCUCCACUCACAAUAGUCGCCUGGAAGGUAUACAGACCUCAAAAUUGUAUUCAUCCUCGCUACAAAAACAGCAGAGGUGUAUCGUGAUUUGUGAUGGUUUUUAUGAAUGGAAAGUUAGUGCAAAUAACAAAUCUCCAAAGCAACCUUACUAUGUAUACGCAGCUCAAGACAAAGGUGUGAGAUCCGAUGAUCCUGCAACAUGGGCUAAUGAAUUUUCAGAGACAGAUGGAUGGAAAGGUUUUAAAGUGCUAAAAUUAGCUGGGAUAUUUGGAACAUUUACAACUGAGGAGGGGAAAGUCAUACAUAGCUGUGCAGUUAUUACAAGAGAAAGUAACAAAGUUUUAUCUUGGCUGCAUCAUCGUAUGCCAAUAUGUUUGAACGACGAGGAGGAAUAUCGAACAUGGUUAAAUAUGAAUUUAACAACGGAUGCAGCUAUUGAAAGAUUAAAUGACAUUAUAUUGAGAGAGGAAAUCCUAAGUUGGCAUCCAGUGUCUACAACUGUCAAUAGUGUCUUUCACAAAACUGCUGACUGCAUAAAAGAGAUAGAAACCAAGGAAGAAAAGAAGAACAGUCAGGCAUCUUUUAUGGCUUCUUGGCUGCAAAAGGGGUCAACUGUUUCCAAUAAGAGGGAAAGCAUAGAUAAUAAAGAUACAAAUAUAGGCAAUGAGGAAAAGGAAACAAAGACUGCAAAGGAGCAUAUUCAGGAGAUAACUACCUCUCUCUGUAAUUGUAAUUUCUUUUUCAAUGUAAUAUAUAGCUUUUCAAUAACCAUGCCUGUCUCGCAAACAUUUGAAUGACGCGCCUCCACACCUUAGCGCGAAGAGAGAGAGAGAGA